ACCACCUGUGACCCUUUAGGUCCCCAAUCAUUUAAAAUCCACCUUUCUUUUCUCCAUAGACACUUCCAUGCAUUUUGUAUUAAAUUGGGUGAACCCCACUGUAGCAGGUGAGAAAUGUCUGCCAGGUGUGAAGCGACGCACACUUCCUGGAUUACUCUGCAUCCGGCUGCAAAAACUGGGCCACGGACGGAGAUGAUAUAAAACCCAAGGUCCGCGGAGAUGAGGUUUAAAGAGCGCGCUUCCGUUUCGCGUCUAAUUUGCGGCGUCACGUCCGUCAGUGUUCUCGUCGUCGCGUCUCGUUCCGCGUGAAUCGCCGCCGAGCAUCGCAUCCGGUGCGAAGGCCGAGGGUCGCCUCCACAUUGAACGCACCAGCACACGGCGCGAGUGUCGCUUCCGCGCGACACGCAGCCUCAUUCAGCCGCGCGUUAUUUUUAGACGUUGCCGUUGUGUGGUUUGUUUUAUACGAAGCGGCAGUUCGCUGUCAGCGCACACCCAUUUUCCUCUCCUCUGAGUCUUCGGGCUCUUUUUUACUCUUCCUGCUUCUGUUUUUUUUUCCCACCUGCCGCUUUUUCACACGACCUCACAUACGCAACAGACCCGCUGCUCACGUAACCGUCCUGCAGCCUCACACCUUCUCACAGACACGUGAUUAUUAACAGUAAAGCUUAGUGUCAUUUUUACAUUAUCACAGACGCUUGUUUGUUUCAGCCGAUUCCCGCUUUGCUCUGAUGAGAUUAAUUCCACCCUUCAUGCUUUUCGCUUUAAUUCAUCCUAAACGCAGAUUUUUGCACCGCGUCUCAUCCUCCAAUCAGCGCGUGUUAUUUACAGCCAGAUGCGGAGAUAAACAGAGGGGCGCGUGGCUGUUGACCGGGGCAUCGUUCCGUUCACUCCGAUAAAAGUUGGCUCCGGUUCAUUUUCUUGCUGCUGCUGCUGCUGCUUGUGGCCGACUCGCCUCUGCCGCAGAGCUUUUUGUGUGCACGCGGUACUUUGUGCGUCACAACUUUCUGAUCAUCUAAAAAGUUUCCAGAGAACGAGCUGCCAGAGCAGUUUUGCAGCGCAAACAUGGCCGGCAUCCAAAGCAGCACAGUUUAUAUCAGCGGCAGCAUCUGGGUCGAACUGCUCCAGGCUGUGACUGUGCAUCUUCCCUGAGGCGCUGGCUGACAGUACAGUAGCGAGCAGAGUAUCUGCCAGGCGCGGGCCUCGGUCAUGGUCUACGAUGACACCAGUAAGAAGUGGGUGCCCAUCAAGCCUGGACAGCAGGGAUUCAGCCGCAUCAACAUCUACCACAACACUGCCAACAACACCUUCAGAGUGGUGGGCGUCAAACUGCAGGACCAGCAGGUGGUCAUCAACUACUCUAUAGUGAAGGGCCUCAAGUACAACCAGGCCACCCCGACCUUCCACCAGUGGAGGGACGCCAGGCAGGUCUAUGGCCUCAACUUCGCCAGCAAGGAGGAGGCCACCACCUUCUCCAACGCUAUGCUCUUCGCACUCAACGUCCUUAGCGCUCAGGAUGGAGGUCCAGCUGUUCAGCGCCAGGUCCAGAACGGGCCGACGUCAGAUGAGAUAGAAGCUCAGAGAGCGAGGCAGAUGAUGGAGCAGCAGCAGCAGCAGAUGCAGCAGAUGCACAUGGAGCGAGAGCGGCGGUCGUCCAACUCAGGUUCUCCUUUCCAAGGCCACCCUGCUGUGCUCUCCGUGGCCCCGCCAGUAGUACCUCCACCAAUGCACAUGGGCGGCCCCCCUCCCCCCCCACCGCCGCCGGGACCGCCGCCACCCUCGGCGGGGGCGCCUCAGCCGCCCCUCCCCCCUCCGCUGCCCCUGGGCGGAGGCGGCCACGGCGACGAGGCCCCAGCACCUACAGGACUCGCAGCGAUGAUUGCUGGAGCCAAACUGCGCCGUGUUCAGAAAACGGACGACGGCUCUUCAGGCGCCAAAACCGAAGCCAACCGAACCAGUGGAGGCAGUGGGGGACUGAUGGAGGAGAUGAAUGCUCUACUGGCACGAAGAAGGAAAGCGGCUUCAGAGAAGCCUGAGGACGGCCAAAAUGACGACCCAAACUCUCCAUCACCCAGCACCAGGGGUGGACAGAACGCCUCAGAUGGUGCAAAGAAGCCAUGGGAACGAGCUAACUCUGCAGACAGGUCGAUGGUCUCAAGGGUACGACCUGUGGGAAGUGGCAGUGACACAGACUCAGACUUGGACAGAAUGAAACAGGAAAUCUUGGACGAGGUGUUUCGUGAAUUGCACAAAGUGAAGGAUGACAUCAUUGAUGCCAUUAGAAACGAACUCAGUCGCGUUAGCACAACAUAAUCUUUCAGAGCCUGACAUGAAAAACCUUUUCGAACCAUUGCCCCUGAAGCAGCUGCUGUGGCCCUGAGGAGGAGGAGGAGUCGGGACAGAGGCCCAAACUGUGACAUGUACUCAUACUGUUCAGCUGUGGUGUUGAAGCAACACAGCACCGUUGCUGUAACACCUCAGACAUGUCUGUGUUAACAUUCGAUUUGUUUGUUUGGAGAGAGAGAUGGGAAUGGGGCAACACUCUCGCACUGAUUACUCUGAUUUCAUAACAUUUUGUCUGUUUGUUCGCCCAGUUCACCCCUGAAUCCUUAGCCUAAAGGAAAAUGGAUACAAUUCAUAUAAUUUAAUUUGCUCAGUUUUUUUCACAAGUUUGUUUUAAACUUUUGUAUUUGUUUUAUCAUUUUCAUUAUUUUUACUAUUGUUUUUAAUGUAAUGUUGAGUAUUAGUACAUUAGUGCACAUAAUGUUAAUAAUGAAGAAAUGAUAAAGAGAAUAUGAUAGUAAAUAUAACGUUAUUAAUAUUAUUGCAUUGUUUUAUUUCAGCCUUUUAUAUUUUAUAUUGUUUGUUUUCAUUUGGUUGUAUUUUGGAUUGCAAGCACAUCCAUUUUUGUGAUUAUUUAAUUCCAGUUUUCAUUGUUUUAUCCUUUUCACCAGUACAGGUAUGUGUGGAACCACGGCUAAAAAAAAACAGGCUUUGACCUGAAACCGGGGAUGUUUAAACCUCUUUGGAUAUUGCAAUCUUGUAAACAAAAUAAUAAUAAUAAUAAUAAUAAUAAUAAUAAUAUUAAUAAAACACCAGAGUAUUUGUGAUCAUGUUGUUCAUAAAAUGUUUAUUGGCUGCAAGGGUAUGGUGAAGUAUUGUUCAUUUUAUUCUCUCCUUUUCUGACAAAGUGCUUCCUGGACUACAACAACAAAAAAAGAAAAACACUAAGUUUAAAAUGAAUUGAAAUAAAACUGUGAACAAUGUCUUGGAUAAAUGA